AUGUCUAUGAUUCUGAAUAGACGACAUGCAGCUACAGUCAUAACACUCAGCAUGGUAAAGACUAACAAAAAGAAAGGGCAGCCUACCUCUUUGAAGACUUCAGAGGGUACAGCAUUCACAUUUGAGAGUAGUGGGAAAUGUACGGGCAGUCAAUGCAAAGAAAUUUUGCGUAGUAUUAGUGCUCCCCUCGGCGGUACUGUCGAGCAAUUGAGACAGCGUGGUAUUCUACUAGCUGAUUUGCAUAAGGUGGGUUUGGGUAGUGUACCGGGGUUAAGUAUCGAUGAUGCCCGUGGAUAUUGUCGUCAAUUGGAGCUCACAAUGGCGUCCAAAAUCGAAAUGGUAGAACGCAUUGGGAGAGUACUACUGAACCCUAUAGAUCGAGAUACCCACGAUUUAAUCGUCGCUGCCAUAAUGUCUGACUAA